AUGAGACUGAUCAACGCAAAAACUCUCGAGUUCGACGAGUUUUUCGAUUCCCAGGUACCUCGCUAUGGCAUUUUGUCACACACGUGGGAGAAAGAGGAGGUGACGCUGCGGGAUAUGAGAAAAAGCCCGCCUUCCGUGACAGCCAAGAAGGGCUACCGCAAGGUCACAGAGACGUGUCGCCUGGCCCUCGAGCACGGCUUGGACUGGGUCUGGGUCGACACCUGCUGCAUCGACAAGACGAGCAGCGCCGAGCUGACGGAGAGCAUCAACUCCAUGUUCAGCUGGUACCAACAGGCUGCCAUCUGCUUCGUCUAUCUUUCCGACCUCUCCACCCGCGACAAUCUCGAAGUCAGGCUCACCGCCUGCCGCUGGUUUACAAGAGGCUGGACGUUGCAGGAACUCAUCGCCCCCAAGGAUGUGUCCUUCUACGAUAAAAAGUGGCAGCCCCGGGGCACCAAAAUCUCCUUGGUCAACAUCAUCAACACCAUCACUGGCAUCUCGAUACCAGCCCUGAAGUCUGAAUCCCGCCUCAGCCGCUUCUCCGUCGCCAAGAGAAUGUCGUGGGCAGCCCGCCGUACCACGACGCGGGCCGAGGACACAGCCUAUUCUCUGCUGGGCAUAUUUGAAGUCAACAUGCCUCUCAUAUACGGCGAAGGCAUAAACGCUUUCCGACGCCUCCAAGAGGAAAUCAUGCGCAAGAGCAGCGACGUCACCAUCCUCGCCUGG